CAAAAUCACAAAAAAUUCACAACAAAAUCAAUCAAAACCUUUAAAAUUCAUCUUCAUCAUUCAUCACUACAUUAACAAAAUCACCAUAUCCACCAUUUCAGAUCUCUAAUUUCUGCACCUCAAUUUCACAAUAUCCAGUGAAACGACACCGUUCCGAUACUCAAAACUUGUGUUUUUCUACUUUAUAUCUUCAAUUCGCCAUUGUAAUGUGAUAUUGUUAGGGUUUUAGUUCGAGAACUGAUACUCUAUCAGAUCUCAGUUUCUACAUCUCAAUUUCACUCGCAAUUGACAGUUUCUAGUAAAACGACAUCGUUUUGAUACUUGGAACAUCUUGUGUUUCUUUAACUUCAAUUCUCCAUUGUAAUGUGAUAUUGUUAGGGUUUUAGUUCGAGAACUGAUACUCUAACAGGGGAUAUGGCGACAAUGGCGUUUAAGAGGGGGAAUUCAAUGACAGGUGGCCGGAGGAACAGUGGUGGAAGUGGAUCGUGGAUGUCAAUUGUGGUUAUUAUGUUGCUUUUAGUUCUUGCUCCCGUGGGUUACUUCUUUGGGAGUGGGAUGUAUACUUCAAUUGAUGUAAAUGAUUUAUCAACUAGCAUCGGCAAGCAAGACGUAGAUUGGAGAGCAAAGCUGGCUUUUCAACACAUCCGGUCUCUUUUUUCGAAAAGGGUUAUUGAUGUCAUCAAGGCAAGCACAGAUGAUUUAGGACCUUUGAGUCUUGAUUCAUUUCGAAAAAACAACCUAUCAGCUUCUUGGAAAUUCACCGAGCAAGACCACGUGAUCAAUAGUACUUCCAGUCCCGCUGAGAUAACGGAAGGUACUAGAAAAUGGACCCCAACCGGUAAACUGGAGAAAAUUCUAGAUGGUCAUUCUCAAUCGGUUGAUACGCCUGAAAAGCUGGCGAGGAGGAAACUGAGAGAUAAAAGACGCGAAAAUCGAGCGGCUGAUUUAGUGAAAAACGACAACAAUGUCAUCAUAAAGCUUGAAAAUGCGGCCAUCGAGCGGUCAAAGUCGGUUGACUCUGCUGUUCUUGGAAAGUACAGUAUUUGGAGAAAAGAGAAUGAUAACGAGAACAUUGACACAACUAUACGAUUGGUUCGGGAUCAAAUGAUUAUGGCUAGGGUUUAUAUGAGCAUUGCAACAAUGAAAAACAAGACACAAUUAGCACAUGAACUGCAAAGUCAACUUAAAGAAAGUCAACGUGCUUUAGGAGAUGCUACAGCUGAUGCUGAUCUUAAUCACAGUGUUGCGGAGAAAAUCAAAGCUAUGGGUCAACUACUGUCUAAAGCUAAAGAACAGCUAUAUGAUUGUAAGUUAGUCACGGGGAAGCUGAGAGCUAUGCUACAGUCAGCAGAUGAACGAGUUCGUAGCUUGAAGAAACAGAGCAUGUUUUUGAGUCAAAUCGCUGCCAAAACAAUCCCAAACGGUAUUCAUUGCUUAUCCAUGCGCCUAACAAUCGAUUAUUAUCUUCUUCCGUUGGAGAAACGCGUAUUCCCAAGGAGGGAGAAUCUUGAGAAUCCAGAUCUCUAUCAUUAUGCUCUGUUCUCUGAUAAUGUCUUGGCUGCAUCGGUGGUUGUGAAUUCGACUAUCAAGAAUGCUAAGGAACCAGAGAAACAUGUUUUUCAUCUCGUCUCCGAUAAAUUAAAUUUCGGAGCAAUGAACAUGUGGUUUUUACUUAAUCCACCUGGCAAAGCUACAAUCCACGUCGAAAACGUCGACGAAUUCAAAUGGCUAAACUCAUCCUACUGUCCGGUUCUUCGACAACUCGAAUCCGCCGCGAUGAAAGAAUACUAUUUCAAAUCAGAUCAUCAAACAACCGGUUCAUCAAAUUUAAAGUACCGAAACCCGAAGUAUCUUUCAAUGUUGAAUCACCUUCGGUUUUAUCUCCCUCAAGUUUAUCCCAAAUUGAACAAAAUUCUUUUUCUGGAUGAUGAUAUUGUGGUUCAAAAAGACUUAACGGGGUUAUGGAAGGUCGAUCUGAACGGGAAAGUGAACGGUGCGGUUGAAACGUGUGGAGAAAGCUUUCACCGUUUUGAUAAGUAUUUGAAUUUCUCGAAUCCUCAUAUUGCGAGAAAUUUUGACCCGAAUGCGUGUGGAUGGGCUUACGGGAUGAAUAUGUUUGAUCUUGAUGUGUGGAAGAAGAAGGAUAUAACUGGUAUUUACCACAAAUGGCAAAAUAUGAAUGAAGAUCGGGUUUUAUGGAAGCUCGGGACGUUGCCUCCUGGACUAAUGACAUUUUACGGGCUAACACAUCCACUCGACAAGUCAUGGCAUGUACUCGGUCUCGGGUACAACCCGAGCAUUGACAAAAGAGAUAUCGAGAAAGCAGCUGUGAUUCACUAUAACGGAAACAUGAAACCGUGGCUAGAGUUGGCAAUGACAAAGUACCGUUCAUAUUGGGUCAAAUACAUAAAGUUUGACCACCCGUAUGUUCGGGGUUGCAAACUAGGCGAAUGAGAAGAUUUUUAUUAUCGAAAAGUCAUUCCAUUCUAUUCUUUGUUAUAGUUCAUAUUGGUGUUAUAGUUCCCGUGUAUUUGUGUAUGCGACUUGCUUGGAAUAGGUGUCGACGAUAGUAGUUUGGAUGUAUCUUGUGUUGGUUUCGUUACUUUCGUAGGAGGAAGGUUUAAUUGUAAAGGACUUGGAUGUGUAUAUCUACCUUCGUUCUUCUGUAAGAAUUACGUGUUCUUUUUGUUUA